GCGAACAUCGUAACAAUAUGGCUACGCGUUGAGUGCCUGUCGAGGUGCAUACGAGUCACGACUGUGGAAACUGAUAAUUUCACGGCAGAAUAUUUAAUCUCUUCGGUGGACGAUAAGUAGCAAGAUCAUUCAACAGGAGAAUGGCGACAGGGAGCAAAUGGAAUUUGUCUAGAGAGGACAUGCAAGCCGCGGCCAAGGACGAAAAAGAGUCUCUUUUGGAGCACGACAGUGAUCUGGAUGAAGAUAUGUUGUUCAACCGCCCAAAUACAUCUACGGCAGAACCGAGUAGGACUAAAUCAGAUGGAAAGCUGGAUAGCGUUCGAGUUCAAAUUCAAGAGGUAACGGAGGUGAUGCGAGAGAACGUGCAAAAAAUAAUGGAGCGAGGCGAGCGGCUCGAAGACCUACAGGAAGCUAGCGAUCGUUUGAACAUAACAGGAAACGAGUUUAGAGCGGCGGCGAAGAGAGCGCAGCAAAAAGCGUGGCUUCAAAACUUCAGGACAAGAAUCGUACUAGUCACUAUCACAGUGACGAUCGUCAUCUUCAUCAUCGUAAUGUCUCUGCUCACUGUGUCAGUCAUACAUCGUCACGCGAAAGAACGAUUUAACACAGUCCACGUAGUCAGACCGACGGGUAUCGUUUUCAGUUCUGGACAUCAUGGUGCUUUACCUGGUUCUCAGAUAGCGAACACGGUGUAGUGAGCCUCGAUCGUUCAAUUGCAGUAUCCAUCAUCCUGAAAUAUUCGUGACUGAGGCUUCCUCCAGACUGAAAUCCGAUCGUUUACGAGCGUACAUUGUACAUUUGUACCUGUCUUUCAUGGAUUCUAUGCGUGUAUC